UGCCAGCCUCAGGCAGCUGGAGACCAUCUACUCUUGGUUAACCUGAAGAUCCUAUUUGAUAAACUUGGCUUGUUCUUGUCUUGAAACUGUGUCGAAACUUAAGUCUUGGUAUUUGAUUUGUUGCUUAACUGCACACAGGCAGAUUUAGGCCAUGGACCACGUCAUCCUGAAGGACAGCCAGAAAGAAUACACUAAGGAUCCACACUAAAUAGCUGCACACACCUGAAGCUGAAAUAAUGAAAAUACACCAGCUACCAUCUCUCAUGUCCACUGUGGUCUUGCAUAUGAGACAGGACUGAAACCUCUUUCAGCUUAUUGUUCAGAUUCCACAACUUUAAAUCAUGUUGGGAAAAAAGUUGGUGACUGCCCAGAAGCGAGGGGAGACAAGAGCCCUCUGCCUGGGGCUGGGAAUGGUUGCAUGCUCCAUGAUGAUGUGCUUCUUUAUUGGGAUUACCAUUGUGCCAUUCUACACUAAAAGUGUUUGGACAACAGAAACCAUGUGCAAAGUACUCAAAGCCAACAUCAAGGACAAAGUUCUCUGCCCAGAUGGCGAGGGCUCAGAGGAUGAGGAUAUCUUUCCUUACCCCUGUCUACAGGUGUGGGUUAAUCUGACAGCCUCGGGACAGGAGGUUAUGCUGUAUCAGACUGAAGACACACUGGAAAGAAAUCCUAAGUGCUCCUAUGUCCCAGGCAAGUCAGAGAACUCUAAAGAAGUUAAAGCACGAAUAGAAACAAUUGCAAGCAAUUUCAAGAAGUACCAGACUUUCCCGUGCUACUAUGACCCAGGAGGAACUCAGCCUAAUGUCAUUCUAAGCAGACUUUAUCCCCCCAAAGGCCUCCUCUUUGCUUUCCUUUGGCCUGCACUCAUGUUUACAGGUGGAUGUCUGAUUAUUGUGCUGGUAAAAAUUAGUCAGUAUGUUUCUGUUCUUUCUGCUUGGCAGUAGAAAAUAAAUACCUGGUAUA